AUGGCCGACAAGAACAAGCCAUCGAAUCGCCGACACUCUCAGCUCUAUGACCCCAACGAAGUCGUCGAGAAGACAGCGCUGCAAGCGGAGUCGGUGCUCUUGGAAGACACCGAAUUGAAGCGAGCUUUCAAGGAGGUAACCCGAGAAGGGCGCCGGGGUGUGAACGGCAUCUACACUCCCUCUGGAGGUGCCAUAGACGAGAGGCCCAAAGAGGCUGGUAGCCAGGACGAGCGGAUCACAAGAGUAGCGAAGGAGUACAAGGCUCAGAAGAAGAAGCAGAAAAGCAAGGCAAGCAAGCUCCAGAAGAGCGAGAUCGAGCUGGAGGACGAGAGGGUCAGAAAGAAGGCAGCAAAGAUCCUGGACAAGGCCAGUGAAGUGGAGAGGCUCCAGUUCGAGGAGCUCUUCAACUACUUCGAUGCAGAUAAGGACACCAGCUGGGGUUCUAUCGAGCUGGCCCAGCGCAUGUCGGAUGUGGGCUAUGCCACCAGUGUGGAGGCUGCAUCGAACUUGCUUUAUUUCGCUGGGGUGAGGGAUGUUGACAGGAUCACGUACGACGACUUUGUCAACAUGAUGCCCAAGAUACAGGCUUUUCGAAAGCUCUUGGAGAAGGACUUCAUGCGGCUCUUCCAGGAGAAGGAUGAUGGCACCGGCCACAUCAGCACGAAGCAGCUGCGAGAGGUCUUGCUUGUCCUGUCCGGACCAGACGGAAUGGAGGAGGAGCAGAUGGCUGACAUCAUGAAGAAAGCAGAUCCGGCGCGCGAAGGACGCGUGAACUUCAACGACAUG